UGAUCCCUAACGGUGAGUAUGUUAGUGUAUGUUAGUAUGUAUUUGUUUUUAAAUAUAAUUUGUGUUUGCGUUAGUCGUGUUAUGUGUUUAUUGUUUUCGUUUUAGUAAAGUUACCUGUUGCUGCCCAGAAGAAGAAGAAGAGGUGAAGUGGGUUGUUCAGUGGAUCUGAUCCUAAUAGAACAGCGCCAAACUCAACCACAGAAGAACACGCACAGAGAGAAGAACCGUACCUUUGAACGAUAUGUAGAAUAUCCUUACUAUAGCAAUCGAGUAACCCUUUUCUCGAGAGAGAGAGGACAUUCUAAUGCAGCGCAAACGCAAACUGCAAUUACUAUGCAAUGAUGCAAAAGCAUCAAAAGAGAGAGAGAGGGAGAGAGAGGGGCGAAGUAAAUGAAUGUUCCGAAGUGAAGAAGAACAGACAAAAAAAAGAAAACAAAAAACAAUCAAUCAUACAUACUAACGAAUCAUAAGCGAAAACAACAAAACAAAACAAAACCAACCCAUUAUCGUCGCAUUUUGGAAAUUAUUGUAUUGUACUGUAGUAGUGAGUUUAGUAGUGUUGCUCGGCUGCUGUAUAAAGGCAGCAACUUCCUUUUUUAGCAAGCCGCAUUAGCAUGUAGAGUGUCCUCAAUCGCUAACGGAAAUAGUAUAAUAGCAGUUAAAGUAAUGUAAAAAGAGAUGGUAUAGAAUUACUACCACCACCCCCCCCCCCCCCUCCCCCCGAAUUUUGCACUUACAUAGCCGAGAUAAAAUAGUAGUAUAAAAAAAACACGUUUGAGUUACUGCGAAGCGGAGGAUCGGACGAUUGUUUGGAUGGAUUUGAGUUUACCAGCCCGCCUGUACGUUAAGUAGGGAAGGAGGGACUACUGCACUUUUAGAUAGAUUUAUUGAUCGUGACCGUAGCUGGUGAGCCGGGGGACGCAUUCCGGGGUUAUCAGUUAAUCAGGCCCGAUCUCAGUUUAGUCGGAGAAAGAUCAUUAUCAUUACCGAUCGCGCCACGCAAUACAAGCGAUAGUGGGGCGCUGCAUUAGCAUUAGAGCUACAACUACUACUUGCUACAAUAGUUUGAACUUGUUUGUUUCGUGAACCGUUUGUUUGCACAGCCCACGGUGCGCGAUCUUCUUGACCAUUUUGUGUAACAAAUGAUCGAGAUAGGUUGCAACGGUUAAAAACGGUUUUCUUUCCCAGGCCUUAUUACCAACUAUUUCAUACUACCAGCAAGCACUAUUACCAUUGACCAUUCUACCUUCCUAGCAUACCUUUACUGCAUAUUAUUACCAUUACUAGAGCGUUUUUCGAAUUACUUGCAAUAUUGAUAAUAUUGACAUCCUGCGCCCGGGAUGGGAGGAGAAUGUUGUCUAAAGUUUUAACCCUAAACCACACAACAGUUAGAGGUGAUUAAUUUAUUCCAAUAGGUUGUUUCGUGCUUAGGAGAGUGUUCCUUAGAGUAGUUGUGUGUUUGUGUGGUGUGACAAGUUUUUCUUUCCCCAGAAUAGGAAUUGUUUGUGCGUUUCGUUAGCAGCAUUGACCGAACGUUUGGUUGAAAUUUGAUGGGGGGAUGAAGGCAUUGGCCACCGUUUGGUAAAACCACACAUCCAUGCCACGUGUUUCGGUCUGCGUAUUGUUAGGUUUUUGCAAAGCAAAUUUAAGAAAAUAGUAGCAAUGAGCGAUAGUGAGAGAGAGAGAGAGAGACAGAGGAAGUUAACAGAGUUAAGCAUUACUACAUAACCAUAAACAGAAGCAUUAUAGGGCCACUACCACCAACUACUGAUAGGAGCCAUCUCGAGUGGGUGGGGCGGUGGGGGCACCGAUCACCUUCUUGUUUCGUUAGGAGAACAGUCCCUUGUUAUACCCGAUCAUUCCUGUUUCACCCUUGUGCGAGGACGCAACUCUUUAGCAAAGCGUCCAUCGACCACUCAGUUAGCCCACGUGGAGAAGAGACGCGUACACCAACAACAACAACAACCAAAACAACAACAACACAGUUGCAGGAAGAACAGUUGUUUCGUUUCGUUCUUUACACCCAAUUUGUACAUUUAAUUAAGCAAAACUGACACCAGGCGACGACACGGACACGCAGCUGGCCCUGGACGCCUGGAACGGUUCGAACGGUGCACGAUCGUCGCUUUGUGUGUAACGGAAGCGACGGAUAAUUCCGGAGCUUCCAGGUGCACCUGAGGAUCCGAGGAUCCUGCACCGAACGAAGCCAGAUCGAAGGCGGCCUCUGUCACCGUGGUCGUCGCCUUUGCGUCACCAUUGGAACACAACACUCGCCAUACGUGUACAUACUUGUAAAGCAAACGGGGUCGUCGUCCCAAGAUCACCUUGCAGUAGGAGACAUUACAAGGAUGAUUUUUAGAAGAGAGAGAGAGAGAGCGAACCCCUUUUUGCACAAUUUAAAAAGCCUGCAUAAAGUGUGUGUGUGUUUGAGAGUGUGUGCGCGUUGAACUUUGACAAUGAUAAAAUACCUGAUUGAAACACUGAAAGGAACUGUAGCAUGUACCAUCGCUCGAUCGCUCGAUCGCUCCAUACACAACUCUCCCUUGGUAGUGUUGGAAAUGCAGUGUAGUAGAAGAGAGAAGCGCUUCAUCGUUUCAACAUCCCAAACUGGCAUAUUAGUCAGCGUUAGCGAGAAGGGAUACACUUGUAAAACGCUGUAGUAGGGAGAAUCUUCGACGAAGAAGUCAUUAGAAAUCUAAAUUAACACACUAGAGCGCGAGUCUGGCGAACAUGCUCCCUUUUUUGUAAAUAGUGAACCAUUAUAUAUGAAACGAAUGAGAAACAAAUAAUAAACAUUAUAUAAAAAAAUUCUACAAUAAUAAUCCUAUUGACAAAAUCUACCAAGAUUGUGUGUGUGUGUAUGUGCAUUUUUCGUGCUUGCUUUGCAGUUCUGCAUUUGCACCUUCAUCAUAUCGACAUCGUCGUCAGCCAUGCAUAACGCCAGCCCGUUGUUUGGGCGCUGGGGGUAGCUUAGCAACCCGGCUAACACCAAGCCUAGACGUACCAGCCGAACGCAGCAGGACCUGCAAUCCACUUCAGUACACUGAUGACUGCACAGGAGGAUGCGAGAACACGACGACGAGUGCUUCACGGAGGACGAAAGCGUAGCCGAGCUCGGCUCGCUCAGCGCAAUGAGGUCGGGCUUUAAGGCACUGUACGACGAGCUCGAUAGGCUUGGUGAACAAGCCACACUUACGGUGGAGUCGAUCGAGCAGGAACGGGCCUGCGAGAAGGAAGCGCUCGACAAGGAAGACAUCGCCGAUUUGAUAAGGUACGCGCGUACAUUUAUCCGUGAAACGAGAAAAACCUUCGCAACGGUCGAUGAGCACGGUGUGCAGUGUGGGCCGGAAAGGCGCUCUAACAAGAAGGUUGCAACGCCGAAAGCUUGGAAGCAACCGAUUGUGGUUGAAAGGACGGUAGAGCGGGAGGUACUUACGGUGUGUGAGAACCGGCGUCGAAGUGCUGUUACGGUGAUUCAACAAACCGUCCCGAGGGAUGAUGCCGGAGCCUUGUCCGAUGAUCCGGAAGUGGGCCGUGUUACGAUGUCAACAGCGGGCGAAAGAAGCAUUCAAACUGAACCGCUGAACAACACUGUUGCCGUGGAAACGCUGCCCGAGAUGCAGUCGGAAAAGUAUCCCGAUGCGGCGAAGGAUCAUGCAGAACAUCUUGAGAACGUUGUCACUGAGCAAGUGGAGCAAGCGGAACCACCUCCUCAAGAACCGGAUAGUGUUGAGCCGGCUCUGGUGCAGGUAAACGGAGGAGACGGAGAUUCCACAAUUCCAGAAAAAGAUAAAAAUCACAAUGAAGCAGUAGAGAAAUCAACGACUGAAGAAAAAGCACCAGAUACAGAUGAAAAUGCGGGAGAAUCGCUUGGAUUUACAAGCCACAUCCUGCCGAGCUUGUCUAUCAAGGGACGUUGGGAUGCAAAUCUGAAGGUACAGCAAACGGGGAGCAUCGCCAUCUUUGAUCCAAGGGAUACGUCUUGUGAAAAACUGCAAAAUGAUAACGUGAAGUACGUUGAGUUGAAUCAGGCACUUCCGGUGAAACACUUAAACACAGACAUUCGGAAUGGAGCAGCUGAGGAUAUUAAGCAGGAUUUAGAAACUGAAAUUGCGCCCAAGCUGUUUAAAUUGCGCGUAGAAGUUGCAGAUAAACCGGACGCACACUCAAACAGUGAGUCAGAGAAUACGGCAACGGAAGUUAUAAGCUCUGGAGAGGAAGCUGGCGGUGGGCUGCCUAUGAUACGUAUCCCUAGAUCUGUCUGUAAGCUGACAAAACACAACAACAAGCCGAACAAAUAUUUAGAUCCAUUCGUUAGCAGGAAGCACAAGGAAUUUUCUACCAAGAAGCGUCCCGAGGUGUCGCUUGACAUUUUUGAUGAAGAUUCUAGCUGCUCCAGUACGGAAGAUGAUCUUGAAGAGGACGAUAUACGAGUGCUUUUGAAUUGGAAAGAUGAUCGCUCCAGUGAAACAUCACACUCGGUAUCUCGGGAAGCGGUGCGUGAAAAGACACUCCCCACCAGCGUACAGUGUCAGCGAAGUUUGCUGGAAGUCUCGAGCAUUCCUGCACUUCGGAGUCCGGCGGAGUUAAGCCGGGCAGCGGUCGGCGGUACCUCCGAAUCCGAUCAUGAUCCGACCUUCAGCGGACAGUCUUCGAGCAGGUUUCUGGAUAACUUGCGCAUCUGGAAGUCGGCCGUGGACAUACAGUCAAGGAAUAUGAAAAUGAGCAACGAACUGGCAGAAGAUCUCGCAGCUCUCAAGGACAAUUUGCAGAAGAUUGCAGAAGAAAGCGCAAAGGUAGUGAAAAUUGCUCAGAAUGUUAAAAGCAGCGCCUCGAAGGUGGUGGAUGAGUCCUACCCGGCUCAGUGUGUUCCGAUGCGUCCAGCAUCAUCAGCAUCAUCCGCCCGGAGGUCCAAAUCGUGUGAAUGUUUCGGAUGUCAGCACACCUUCGAGGAGCGACCGGCAUCAUCACGUCCCGCCUUCUCGUCCCCGCCGUACGAUUACAAGAAAUUUCAGCGUACCGUAUUCGAAAGCAAUCCACGCUAUGCAAAAACGAUUCGUAAGAUCUGUGAAUUUGGUGGUCGUGAAAGAACACUGUCGGCGGCCCGUCCAGAGCGAGAUGAAAGCGUGAAAAAAGCAGCGCAGAAAUUUUUACAAUCACUGCAAGCAAACACAAUAACGGAAAAUAGUUGUUGCAGUUCGCGAUCGUCUCCCGUGCUGCUGCCGUCUCCCUCAAAAAGCGUAUCGAGCAGAUCCGACGGUUUGCUGGGUACGGUUGACUACGGCGGUCCGGUUAUUUCUGAAAAUGAGUAUGAUACAGAUUCGGAGGUGGCUUCGGUUUGUUCUUCUUCUACGUGUGACACGCCAUUUAGCGGCGAUACGAAAAGCAACGGAUCUUCUGCCGGCCAGAUUGGUACCAGCGAGGGAACGGAUUUGUCCUCGUUGACGUCCAAUUUUCAUGCUCAGUGUGAUCUGGGUGAAGUGUUGAGUCCUGGUGAAAUAAAGUAAAAUAUUUGUACGCUGUUUUUAUUCAUGGAAGCAUUUUUGGGACAACAAUUUUAAAGCAAAUAAAACGACUGAACAACGAUUUUUAAA